CUUCGAGCCGAGCGGACGCGAGUUUGUCGUUCUGCGGAUCACGAAACCAAAAAAAAAAGUGAAGAUACAAAGAAAGAGAAUCCAAAUCGCCUCGAGAAAAAUUUAGAACACGAAGUGGCACAAAUUUAUCAAAGCAACGCGCUAUCGCACCCCCCACUUGGAUUACGGUCAACGCGAAACAACUACAACUACAACUAAAAAUCAAAACAAAAAUAAAAGAUAUAAAGAUAUAAAGCUACAAAAAGCAAAGAAAUCGAAAAGAAGAAAGUAUUAUAGCCAGCGAGAAAAACAAGAAAAUCGUAUUAGAUUAAGUUCUGGCAUCUUUGAUGUUUGGUGUUUCUGUGAAAAGUGGCUAUUGUGCAAAGCUACGCUAUAAAAUAUAAAAAGAUUCUAAUAAAUAAUACACAAAAACACAAAUUUAAAAUGGGAAAGAAAUAAUUAAGGAUUGAGAGACCAAAACAUAACCCCCGAUCCCCCGUUCGAAUCAAACCGAAAUCGGAUCGCGAAACCCAUUGGAAGCCAAAAUGCUGGCCACCAGUCAUAUGCUGUACGUUUUGAUCGCCACCUGGGUGAUGCCCAUUUUCGGGGCCGCCCUCAGCAAAACGGUUCUCUACCAGGCUCCGGACGAGUGCCGCUGGUCCGGCGGCGGGGAGCACGACAUCACCCUGGUGUGCCACCUGAGAACCAUCAACUCGGAGCUGGAGAACACCAACUUCAGUGUCAUCCAGCCGCACAACACGGUGCGCCUGCGUCUGGAGUGCAACGAUGCCCUCUUCUUCCAGAGCAGCCUUAGUCCGGACAGCUUCAGGUCGCUGGUGGAGCUGCGCGACCUGACCAUCGAGUACUGCAAGCUGGGAAACCUCACCGAUGGCUCUUUCCGCGGCCUGCACGAGCUCCGGAACCUGACCAUUCGCACCCACAACGGCGAUUGGUCCACAAUGUCGCUGGAGAUGGCCUCCAACAGCUUCGUGGAGUUCCGCCAGCUGGAGCGCUUGGACCUCAGUCUGAACAACAUCUGGCUGAUACCCGAUGGCAUGGUGUGCCCCCUGAAGUCGCUGCAGCACCUGAAUGCCUCCUACAACAAAAUCCAGGACAUCAGCAACUUUUACUUCAGCGCCUCGCUGAGUUCCCGGAAAGCCAGGGUUUGUGGCUCCACGCUCCAAAGUCUGGACUUGAGCGCCAACAAGAUGGUCAGCCUGCCCUCGGCCAUGUUGUCGGCUUUGGGACGAUUAACGAACCUAAACAUGGCCAAGAAUAGCAUGAGUUUCCUGGCCGAUCGUGCCUUUGAGGGUCUUCUUUCCCUGAAAGUGGUGGACCUAUCGGCCAACCGGUUGACUUCCCUGCCACCGGAACUUUUCGCCGAGACCAAGCAGUUGCAGGAGAUCUACUUGCGAAAUAACUCCAUCAACGUCUUGGCUCCUGGAAUCUUUGGGGAGCUGGCCGAGCUUCUGGUCUUGGAUCUGGCCAGCAACGAGCUCACCUCCCAGUGGAUCAACGCUGCCACUUUUGUGGGUCUGAAGCGGCUAAUGAUGCUGGAUCUUUCCUACAACAAAAUAAGCCGCCUGGAGGCGCACAUCUUCCGACCAUUGGCCAGCUUGCAGAUCCUUAAACUGGAGGAGAACUACAUUGACCAGCUGCCGGCGGGCAUUUUUUCGGAUCUCACGAAUCUGCACACCCUGAUUCUCUCCCACAAUCGCAUCUCGGUGAUCGAGCAGCGCACUCUGCAGGGCUUGAACAAUCUGCUGGUGCUCUCCCUGGAUAACAAUCGCAUUUCCCGGUUGGAACAGCGAUCUCUGGUCAACUGCACUCAGCUGCAGGAUCUUCAUCUGAAUGGCAACAAGCUGCAGACGAUUCCCGAUGCUCUGGCCCAUGUGCCGCUGCUGAAAACCCUCGAUGUGGGCGAGAACAUGAUCAGUCAGAUCGAGAACACGAGUCUGACGCAACUGGAGAAUCUCUACGGCCUGAGAAUGACGGAGAAUCCCCUGACGCACAUCCGGCGAGGAGUCUUCGAUCGCAUGACCUCUCUGCAGAUCCUCAAUCUGUCCGGCAACAAGCUGAAGUCGAUUGAAGCCGGUUCCCUGCAACGGAAUGUCCAGCUGCAGGCCAUCCGAUUCGAUGGCAAUCAGUUGAAAUCCAUCGACGGGCUCUUCACCGAGCUGCCCAACCUGGUUUGGCUGAACAUCUCCGGCAAUCGCUUGGAGAAGUUCGACUACUCGCACAUUCCCAUCGGCCUGCAGUGGCUGGAUGUGAGGGCCAACAGGAUUACCCAGCUGGGAAAUCACUUCCAGAUCGAAAACGAACUCAGCCUGACCACCUUCGAUGCCAGCUACAAUCUGCUGACGGAGAUUACCUCCAACUCGAUACCGAACAGCGUCGAGGUUCUCUACCUGAACGACAAUCAAAUCUCCAGCAUCCAGCCCUACACCUUCUUCAAGAAGCCGAACCUGACGCGAGUGGACCUGGUGAGGAAUCGUCUCACCACUCUGGAGCCCAAUGCUCUGCGCCUCUCGCCCAUUGCCGAGGAUCGCGAGAUCCCGGAGUUCUACAUUGGCCACAAUGCCUACGAGUGCGACUGCAACCUCGAUUGGCUGCAGAAGGUGAACCGGGAGUCGCGGACUCAGCCGCAGCUGAUGGACCUGGAUCAGAUUCACUGCCGCCUGGCCUAUGCCCGCGGAUCGUCGCAUGUCUCCCUGAUCGAAGCCAAGUCGGACGACUUCCUCUGCAAGUACGCCUCGCACUGCUUCGCCCUGUGCCAUUGCUGCGACUUCCAGGCCUGCGACUGCAAAAUGGAGUGCCCCGAUAGGUGCUCCUGCUAUCACGAUCAGUCGUGGACCUCCAAUGUCGUGGACUGCAGUCGGGCCACCUACGAUCAGGCCCUGCCCUCCCACAUUCCCAUGGAUGCCACACAGCUCUACUUGGACGGCAACAACUUCCGGGAGCUGCAGAGUCACGCUUUCAUUGGACGCAAGCGCUUGAAGGUUCUGCACUUGAAUCACUCGCGGAUCGAGAUCCUCCACAAUCGCACCUUCUAUGGCCUUCUGGAGCUGGAGGUCCUGCAGCUGCAAAGCAAUCAGCUGACGGCUCUCAACGGCAACGAGUUCCAGGGUCUGGACAACUUGCAGGAGCUGUAUCUGCAGCACAAUGCCAUCGCCACCAUUGAUACUCUCACCUUCACGCACCUGUAUCACCUGAAGAUCUUGCGCUUGGACCACAAUGCCAUCACCUCGUUUGCCGUUUGGAACUUCCUGCCCAGUUACCUGAAUGAGCUGCGCCUGGCCGGAAACCCCUGGAGUUGCAACUGUGAGUUCAUCGACAAGCUGAAGGACUUCAUGAACCGCCACGAGUAUGUCGCGGACAGGCAGAAGAUGAAGUGCGAAACUGUUGGUGGCAACAGCACCCAGCAGAUGGCACUGUAUCCCGGAUCCGGAGCCGAAGCCACCCCCCUGCCGGUGGUGCAGUGCAGCCAGACCCUGCCACUGGGUCUGGAUAACAACUACAUCUACGCGGAGCAGGCAGCCAGUGGCGGCAAUGCCUCCAAUGCCACCUCCACCAAGAUGAUCCUGAACCAGCCACCAAAGCAGGACUAUAUCCCCAUUCUGGUGGCCAUACUGACUGGCUUCAUUUUCGUUAUGAUCUGCACCCUGUUGGUGUUUAUUUUCCGCCAGGAGAUGCGCGUGUGGUGCCACUCGAGGUAUGGCGUCAGGCUGUUCUACAAUGCCCACAAGGACGUGGACAAGAACGAGCGAGAGAAGCUGUUCGACGCCUUCGUCUCCUACUCCUCCAAGGAUGAGCUGUUCGUGAACGAGGAGCUGGCUCCCAUGCUGGAGAUGGGCGAGCAAAGGUACAAGCUGUGCCUUCAUCAGCGAGACUUCCCCGUGGGCGGCUACCUGCCGGAAACCAUCGUCCAGGCCAUCGACAGCAGCCGGAGAACUAUAAUGGUGGUCAGCGAGAACUUCAUCAAGUCGGAGUGGUGCCGGUUCGAGUUCAAGUCCGCCCAUCAGUCGGUCUUGAGGGAUCGGCGCCGUCGCCUGAUUGUGAUUGUGCUUGGGGAGGUGCCUCAGAAGGAACUGGAUCCGGAUCUGCGCCUAUAUCUGAAGACCAACACGUAUCUGCAGUGGGGCGAUAAGCUGUUCUGGCAGAAGUUGCGCUUCGCCUUGCCGGAUGUCUCCUCGUCCCAGCGAUCGAAUGCCGGCGGCGUCGGCCAGGGCUGCCAUGUGCCGAUCAACCAUGCCGCCUACCACCACCACCAUCACAUCCACCAGCAGCCGCUGCCCCUGCCUCACCCGCCGCACCACCAUCAUCAGCAGCAGUUCAUGCUGCCGCCGCCACCUCAGCAACCGGGUAGCUUCCGUCGCCAGCCGUCGUUGCAACACCAACAGCAGCAGCAGCAACUGCGGGGCGCUAAUGCAACACAACAGCAACAACAGCAGCAGGCCGCCCUGCUCAUGGGCGGUGGGUCGGUGGGAGGGCCUGCCCCCCAGAUGAUACCCUUGGCGGGGGGCAUCCAGCAACAGAGCCUGCCACCGCCACCCACGCAACCCACGCCGGCGUCCAGAAAUCUGCACAUGUGAGUGGGGUUACGAGAUAAGUAGAAGGGUUAUAGGUUAACGGCAAGGUCAAGAGAGUUGGAUAUUGGAGAUGACGAUAUUUAUUUUUUUUUUAACUUAUUAGCUUUC